AUGGAGGCCAAAGAAUUGAUUGAAAACUUCAAGGUGGAACUCACUUGCUCCAUCUGUCUGGGCUACUUCACAGACCCAGUGAUUGCCAAAUGUGGACACAGUUUUUGCAAAGACUGUCUCCUCCAGUGCGAUGAGCAACCUGAUGCUACAUUAACUUGUCCAGAGUGCAGAGAGGUCAUUAGAUCCAGUGGCAUUGGGACCAACAAGAACCUGCAGAACUUGUCCAUCACUGGCAAAGCACUCAGACAGCAUUUACAGCAGAGCAUGGUACUUCUGACCACCUGUGAUCAACAUUUUGAAAGAGAGAAGCUCUUCUGUAAGCAAGACCAAAAAUUGAUUUGUGAUUCCUGCUUAAUAACCCAAGAUCACAAGGAUCACAAAGUCCUUCCCUUGAAAAUAGCUGCUAAAAAGUGCAAGAAGAAACUUCAGAAGAAAAAGAAAAUUUUACAGGAAAAGAAGGAGGGAUUUAAAGAGGCAAUCAAUGAAUUGAGAACAUCAGCCGCAUAUGUUAAGAAAAAAUCAAAUUAUAUUAAGGAUUUAAUUAGACAUGCAUACAAUGAAAUGCACAAAUUCUUGUGGAAAGAAGAAAAUAAAAGUCUGCAAGAACUGGACCAGGAAAUAAAAGAAAUACUGACAGAAUUUGAGAAGAAUGAGAACUUUCUGUCCCAACAAAUUCAACAUCUGGAACAAAGGAUAUUAGAAACAGAGGAGAGUUUGGACAAUGCACCUUUGGAAAUGCUCCAGGAUAUGAAAGGCAUCCUGAAAAGGAAUGAGGAGCUGCUUCUUCAAAAGCCAAAGACUGUUGAGUUUAGUUAUACAAUUUGUGCUGUGACUGGUUUAGCAGAAAUUCUCAAGAGCUAUAAAGUGGAUAUAUCAUUGGAUCCUAAAACAGACAGUUUUCAUCUUACUGUGCCUGAAGAGUUUAAGCAUUUAAAGUAUGAAUUUGACUCACAAGACCAGCCUGGCAUGCAAGAAGACUAUUUUGUUACUGUGUUGGGAGCUCAGACCUUUACCAGUGGAACACAUUACUGGGAAGUAAAUUUGGAAGGUCAGAAAGAAUGGGUAUUUGGAAUUUGUGAAGAUUCAGUCCUAAAAAACGGGAAUGUCUCCAUAUUAUUUGAGGAUGUAAUAGCUAUAAUAGCCUUAAAAGUUAAAAAUGAAAUACUUUUCUGGAGUCCAUCAUAUUUCUUUUUUCAGAUACCUAGAAAAAAGGUGGGCAUUUUACUUAACUAUGAGGAGGGCUAUGUUUCCUUUUAUGAUAUUAAAAGCAGAUUUAUUCUCUUUAGUUUCUCAAAUUCAGCUUUUCAAGGGCCUGUUCGCCCUUUCUUCUCUACCUCUUGUAAGAAAUGA